AUGCUUCACAUGCCACAUCUUUUGGAACGAGACAUCGAUGACAUCGAGACACCUUGCCUGCAGUCAUUUUACUACGGCAAAUGGACACUUACUUGCGAAGGAGUCUUUUUCAUGUCUUUUCAUUUUGGCGUAACUAUUAACAUUCCACAAUGUUAUCUUCAGCACGUUUGGAACAGCUUUGAAAACAGCGAACAAGGACCAAUCUUCCGCAAAGAUAUGGAACGUCCAGCAAUAGUAGACGAACUUCAAGGAAAGGCAUCAUAA